GUGAAGGGGUAAAGCUCAGCUUGGACUGAUCUUUCAGUAAGGCUGUGAGCAAUACUGUAUGACUGGCUGCAGCAGGAAUACGGAGCACAAAGCUACAUCAUUAUUUCCUUGCCCACUCAGCAGAUCGCCUGUUGGACCUUUACAGAGCCUGCCUGGGUCAAAGCCCUGACCGCAGAAAAGAUUCCUCGCCUCUGAUUUUCCUUAUUUUAUUUUUUUUUCUCUCUCCCUGCAAGAGGACAGAGCUUUCAUUCAGCCAAAAUCCCGUCUUCCCCCCGAACGCCGGUUUUCCUUGAGCAAAUGGCGACUAAAAUCGACAAAGAGGCAUGCAGAGAAGCUUACAAUCUGGUCAGGGAUGACGGCUCGGAUGUGAACUGGGUGACUUUUAAAUAUGACGGGUCCACAAUAGUCCCUGGAGACCAAGGAACAGACUAUGAAGCUUUUACAAGGAAAUGCACAGAUGACAUCAGGUUGUUCGGGUUCAUCCGAUUUACCACUGGGGAUGCCAUGAGCAAGCGAGUCAAGUUUGCCCUGAUCACGUGGAUUGGAGAGAGCGUUAGCGGCCUGCAGAGAGCCAAAACCGGGACUGACAAGACCCUGGUCAAAGAAGUAGUACAGAACUUUGCCAAAGAAUUUGUGAUCAGUGACCAUAAAGAGCUGGAUGAAGACUACAUCAAGAACGAGCUGAAGAAAGCAGGGGGUGCUAAUUAUGACGCACAGACUGAGUAGGCACAAUAACCUCCUGGUACCAUCUGCCUGGAUCUGGAAGGGAGGGGAAAGGCACAACCGACUAACAGAAUCGAGCGAUGAGGCAAACGAGAGAAAACACCGAUUAUUUGUGCACACCUAAGAAGUCCCUUCCCUCCUCCCGAGAUGGACUUUUAUUUUCCAUUCUGUCUAAUGAUACUUCCCCUCUUCCAUAUGAUCUGGUUCUUGAUUUUUUUUUUUAACCAGCGUUGCACAAGUACCUCAGUCCACAAGCACGUGCCGAUGCUUUCGAUGGCAUUUUGGUUUCACCUUGUUCUGCCCCAGCACUAGUCAGAUUCAACCUUGCUGUUCUUAGAGACCUGCCGUUGUGUCUUUUUUGGGUAUGUAAGUUUUGGUGGGAUUCACACUGGUCUCAGUUUACCAACAGAAGUGUUGUGCACAUGGAGUGUUAUUUUCAGUUGUCCCUGAUGGUAUUCUUGGAAAAUAAUAAUUUUUGUUCUCCAAGGCUCAGGACAACUUGAGUUGACUCCAUUUAAAUUUGGAUUCAGUCAUCUGAGCUUAAUUGUCCAGCAGAGAUCAUGUUUAUUAGCUGCUUAAAAACAAAGCUAAUCCUGUUUUCAGCUCUUAAUAAAUGGAAAGAUAUCAAUUUGCCUUAAAAAUUGCUUGACAGUUGCUGAGCUGUGUGCUGCAUCUCCAUCCUUUCCUCCCCCUUAAAGAUCAGAUCCAACAUGAUUGGCAUCUUUUUUGAGGUUAUCAUGGCAACAGUCAACUGGAGAUCGAAAUAAAAUGUCUGGACGUUUGUUCACUAUUUUGUGUACAUUGGUGCCUGGGUUUGUAUCCUGAAUUUCUUAAUGUAAAAAAAUACAUUGUUGGCAGGGGCCAAGGAGAAUGAAUUCAAACGCAUAGAUUUCUUUUUAAAUGCCUGCAAAAAAAUAACAGCCGCUGAAUCCAAGAAUCCAAGCAGCCUUUUUGUGUGUAUGUAUCUGUGCCCUCACGUAGGCCGGUUUAUUACCACUUCUCUUGUGAUUCACAGGCCUUAAGGCAAUCAAUGACGCUGUAGCUCAUAACCCAAGAAAAGGAGCAAAGUGGACCUGUCCAUUUGGAAUAAAACGCUCAACCGCACUAGGUCAACACUUGUCAUUUAACAGUGAAAAAAAAUAACACAGGCACAAUUUAUUAGUUCCCCAUUUUUUUUUUGUAUGGCUUUUUUGUUUCAUCUAUGAUGAUUAAACCCUGAAUUACAUUUAAGGGAAACCUGUGUUGUACUGGGGUUUGGGAGUCAGUGCUAUAAAAAAAAAACAACAACCAUUACAGAAAUAAAUGUUUUUCAAGAACAA